AUGGAUCCGAAAAGUAGCAAUCAUUUCAUCAGGAUAUAUGGUGAACCAAAUACAGCAACAUAUCGUGUUACAAAUGCUCAAAUUAUUGCUCAUAUUACAUUCAUGCAUAUAUUCUCUAUACUACAACAACGAUGGAAAUUAUCAGCAAAAAAUCGCAAAGGUAUCCGAUUUCAAGAGGAUCCGGAAUGGCAACCUGAUGAUCGUGUUGUUUUAUUUCAACAUUUUUUUUAA